AUGGAAACAAAAACACAUAAAAGUUUAGAAACAUCAACAGAAAUUUCACAAAAUUCAUUAGAUUUCUCAAGCUCUGAUUUGGGCGGUGGUUGUGAUUGUAACGACUUGUCUGAUCGGAAGUGCCACAAAGAUAAAGAACAUAGUUGCGAAAAAAAGAAAAAGUUGGAUGACAAAGACCCAGAAAAUGGUGAAAUAUCUCGAUGUCUUCUAAAGCCUUGCAAAAAGACAUCAGACGCAGAGAAAAAUAAAUCUCUUAAGAAUAAAAUAACAAGAAGUGAUCCAAAACCAGGUCUUUUUGAGAGCUUUACUUCCAAUAUCAGCAAUUUAUUUAAUAAGAAAAAUUAA